AUGGCCCCAGCACCGUUCAUACCUAACUCGACUCGGUGGCACCCGGAACUCAGCCGGAACUUCCUGGCUGCCCUCCUCCGAGCUGUGCCGCGGUGGCGGGGUCCGACCACCUGGGGAAGGCCUCUCCCUGGGCUGUGGUGCUGCAGUGAGAUGGAGCCCAGGAGAUGGGUGGGAAGCAGGCUGCCCACCUUGAAGGAGACACCAUCAGGGACAGAGACAGAGAAAUUCCACACCAUUUACCGAUUCAACGCCAUCAGAGCCUUAGGGUACCUGUCUCGGCUGAAGGUGGCACAGACAGCUCUGACUGUGGUGGUCCUGCCACCAGCCUUCUACUGGUACUCUCAGGGCGCCAUGGCCCUCGACUCCCUGUGCCUUGGGGGUGCGACAGCUGGGUUCGCACUGGCCAUGCUGUGCUGGAUGAGCCACUUCUUCCGGAGGCUGGUGGGCAUCCUGUACGUGAACGAGGCAGGCACUGUGCUGCGGGUCGCCCACUUGACCUUCUGGGGCUGGCGGCAAGACACCUACUGCCCGGUGACUGAUGUGAUCCCGCUCACAGACACCCCCGAACAGCCCCAGGAUCUGUUCAUCCGUAUCCGUCAGUACAGUGGAAAGCAGACCUUCUACCUCACUCUGCGUUACGGACACAUCCUGGAUAGAGACCGAUUCUCGAAGGUGUUUGGGAUGCUGGGCAGGCAUCCCAAGUAA